CCCAAGGGCAUUCGAGUAAGUUGAAGUACAAAGUUGGGAGAAGAAACCUGCCUCUGCGAUGGAGUUUGAUUUUGGAGAUGAUAUUCUAGGUUCCACAGAUGCCAUUGCUAUUGUUUCAACACCAGAAUAGGACACAGCGUUUGUAUCACGCAAAUUUGCAGCUGAAUUUUAUCAUGAUCUAAGCUCCCAAUGGAAAUGGUUUGAUCCUUUGGGGAAGGUUCAUAUCGUUUCAUACGAGAGACAUCCGGAGCAACCAUUACUGUGUAAAGGUUUGAUGGAGAUUCGGAACUACUACUCUUUGGAGGGGUUAAAUUGGUGCUUGCUUAAAUACCAAGGUCUUUCCAACUUUGAUUUGUUCAUCUACAAUGAAAAAAUUGAGGAAAUAUGUUACCUUCCUCCACCUCCACCUCCUAUAAUUACGCCGCCACCUCCUCCUCUUAUAUCUGAAAUUGUGAGCCCACCUCCUCCUCUUAUACCUGAUAUUGUGAGCGCACCUCUUACUCUUAUAUCUGAUAUUGUGAGCCAACAUCAUUGUCCACAAGAAGAAAUAAUUCAGGAAACCAAUUGGAUCUGCUAUCCAUGCUUUUUUACGUGCAAACUUUCAACAAACCAAGCAACAACAAGUCAGCUGAACUUGCCGGUACAUGUGUAUGAAUAUCUUAGAAACGGUAAAGUUUAUGAAUGGCUGUUGAGAGGACCAACAAAUUUGCAGGUGGGAUGUCAUAUUCUUGGUGUGCCUUUUCGGAAAUAUGCUAAGUUGGGUAAGGGUUGGAGAGCUUUCUGCACUUCCCAUGGAUUGAAGGCAGGGGAUAUUCUCUCUUUUUAUUUUACGACUGAAAAUUUUGCUGUCAUUGAUGUUUUAAUACAUGAUUAGUAUAACUACAAUGGACGAAUGUAUUUCAUUUGUAAUC